AACCAGAGGCCAAGUAUCGGAAUCAGGCAAGACUUUGCUAUUACUGAGUUUUCCCCUUUGCACUGCCAUUCGUGUCUAUUAUUCACAAUAGUCGCAGGUAUUCGUUGAAUCAAUUUCCACCUAAGUCAGAAGUGAUGAGUGAGUAAAAACUUGAAGACGCUAUUCCGUGAUCGUCAUUUCUUCCAUGGCGGGAACGGGAUUUGGCGCAGCGGCACCGACGUCGCUGGUUAGGUCAUGGAGAACUGCGUUUUUGACACUGAGGGAUGAAACCCUAACGAUUCCUCCUCGCAAUUCCAAUGUGCAAUUGCUCGACAAUCUCAUUUUCUCACACUCAAACGCUCUGGUGUCCGCCGCGGUUGAACUUCCCUCUCACGAGGUUUUGUCCGACCUUUUAUUUAUGAUGGAAUUGGUUGCUGCAAUUUCUUCAGAUGAAGAAGAUUGUACUCGUAUUUAUGCACAGACAUCACGCCUGAUUCAUGAUAUAUGCCGAUGUGUCUCGUUCGAUUUAAAUUUCAACUCUUAUACCAGUGUCUUUAAUUGUUUCGGGAAGGUGCUGAAUCUUUUGCUUACAAACGUUGCUACUAAUGGCGAUAUAAGUGGAAUUUGCAGUACUACUACAAUAAUUCCUGCCAUUGAGUGCUUACAGGCUGUCAGAUUUAUUAUUAUAUCUCAUCGAAGAUGGUUGCAAUCUGAAGAUAUUAUAUUGGUUAAAUUUUUACUUGACGUUAUCGAUUGCUCUCAUGGUGUGUCAUUUUGGAUGCCUCAUUCAACUUGUAAAGAAAAAACUACUGGGAUUAAUAUGAGAUUUUCCACAGAAAGAAGUUCCAGUGAAUUACAGACAGUGGCUUUUGAGAUGCUCAGUGAAGCAAUCUCAAGGGCUGGAUCAUUCUUCCCUGUUGACAUUUGGAGAUCAAUUCUUGAGGUGUUCAGGAAAACAAUGGAUGUCUUGGCAUUGAAAUCCCCUGUUGUGGAAGAUAGUGUUAUGUCCAGGUUUUAUGAAUCUUUUCUGUGCUGUCUACAUCUUAUCCUCAUUGAUCCAAAAUGUGCAGUUUCCGAUCAUGUGUCAGUUUUUGUUGCUGUUCUGCGGAUGUUCUUAGUUUAUGGCCUUUCAGGUAGAACACCAGGUACUUGUUUGCUUGUUGGCUACAAGGAGAAGGAGCUUAGUAGUAUGAGUCCCAAGGCAAGCAGGGAACUCCUAAAAAAAUCAGAUCAUGGUACAUAUAGGCCUCCACACUUGCGCAAAAGGGACAGCUUGAAUGUGAAGCACGGUAGUGUUAGGCAUUCCCAAUACAUGUCAGAUAGCGAGUCUUCCACUAUUAAUGUUAUGUCUUCAGAUUCAGAGUUUAGUGAUGGAGAUGGAUCAGCUAAUGAUAGUGGCAGAGUGCAGAACUCUAGGGUUAGAGUAGCUGCCAUAACUUGCAUACAGGAUCUUUGUCAAGCUGAUUCUAAAUCUUUGUCCAUGCAAUGGUCCUUGCUUUUGCCAACUAGUGAUACACUACAAGCAAGGAUGCAUGAUGCAACUUUAAUGACAAGCUUGCUGUUUGAUCCUUGUUUGAAGGCACGUAUGGCAUCUGCAACCACGCUAGUAACCAUGAUGGAUGGCCUGUCUUCGAUUUUCCUACAAGUAGCUGAAUAUAAGGAGUCUAACAAAUUUGGAUCUUUUAUGGCACUCUCAAGCUCCCUCGGCAAGAUUUUACUUGAACUUCAUAGAGGUCUUCUUUACCUAAUAGAGCAUGAAGCUCAUACUAAAUUGUUGGCUUUGUUAUUCAGGAUUAUCAAGCUUUUGAUAUCAUCUACACCAUAUUCAAGAAUGCCGCCAAAUUUGUUGCCUAUUGCUGUUACAUCUAUUAGGACAAGGAUUGAAGAAGGAUUUUGGUUGAAAAGUGAACGAAGUGGUCUGCUGGCAGCUGCUAUUGGUUGCUUGACGUUAGCAUUGGCUACCUCGCCAUCUUCUGCUCAAUUAAGGAGUAUGCUCUGUGACGAGGUUUCUUCAGGUCAUAUUGAGACUCAAAAGAAGUCUGGUGUUCUUUCUACCUUAUUUGAAUAUUCGAUGCAAUCAAGUUGCCCAACCAUUUGCCUUGAAGCCCUUCAGGGACUGAAAGCUGCAUUCCACAAUUAUCCUAACAUAGUGACUGCUUGCUGGGAACAAGUUUCUGCUAUUGUGUAUCACCUCAUUAGCACUGUGUGUGUUGAAACUCCUUCCAGGCAAUCAAGUGAACAUGUUGGUAGCCCUACUACAUUUAUAUAUGAAAAAGUUACCAUCGCUGCAAUUAAGGUUCUAGAUGAGGCUCUUCGGGCAGUCUCUGGAUUUCAAGGAACAGAAGAUCUUUCAGAUGAUAAAUUAAUGGAUAUUCCUUUUGCAUCUGAUUGCAUUAGGACGAAGAAAGUAUCAUCUGCUCCGUCGUAUGAUGUGGAGGGAAAAGAUGAUGUUAUAGUAAACUUUGAAGCUAGUGAUUCAGGAAUUCAGCAAUGGUGUGAGGCAAUUGAGAAGCAUAUGCCUCUUAUCUUGUGUCACUCUUCAGCAAUGGUGAGAGCUGCGUCAAUUACCUGUUUUGCGGGUAUGACUUCUUCGGUGUUCAUGUGUUUCACUGAGGAGAAACAGGACUUUAUAUUGUCUUCUUUAGUACAUGCUGCUGUACGCGAUAGUGUACCAUCAGUGAGAUCUUCUGCUUGUCGUGCUGUUGGUAUCAUUUCAUGUUUUCCACAAGUGUGUCAGAGUGCAGAGGUACUUGAGAAGUUUAUCCAUGCUGUUGAGAUCAACACUCGAGAUGCACUAAUCUCAGUUAGGAUAACAGCUUCAUGGGCAUUGGCAAACAUAUGUGAUGCUAUUUGUCACUCUGAUAGAAUCCCCCCGUUUGGACAGCAGAUGGGUUCAAUCUCCAAUCCCCAGUUGAUUGUAUUGUUGACUGAAUGUGCUUUGCAUCUUACUAAGGAUGGAGAUAAGGUUAAAUCUAAUGCUGUUAGGGCUCUUGGGUAUAUUUCGAGAAUCUUAAAAUGUUCAACAUCAGAUUUUCAAGACACACCAAUGAACCAUCAUAACCACUUGAAUGAAGCAUUUCUCAACACUACAAAUCUAAUGGUGUGUCAACAACACUGUGCAUCGGAUUGUCUACAGGAUUUGAAUAGGCAAGAGAGAAUAGUUCAUGCAUUUAUUUCUUGCAUAACUACAGGGAACGUUAAGGUCCAGUGGAAUGUUUGUCAUGCUCUUGGCAACCUAUUCCUCAACGAGACAUUAAGGCUGCAAGAUAUGGAUUGGUCUCCAGUUGUGUUUGGUAUUCUUCUGCAACUACUACGUGAUUCAUCAAAUUUUAAAAUAAGGAUACAAGCUGCAGCAGCAUUAGCUGUGCCAGUGUCAGUGCUAGAUUAUGGCCAAUCAUUCUCAAAGAUUGUGCAAUCUGUUGAGCAUCUACUGGAGAAUAUAGAUGAUGACCAAAUUUCUGGGCCAUCAAAUUUCAAGUACCGGGUUUCAUUAAAAAAGCAGCUUACCUUGACAAUGUUACACAUUCUAAGCUUUGUCUCAAGUUCAAACGAUCAACAGCUGAAAGAUUUUCUUGUGAUGAAAGCCUUGAUUCUUGAAGACUGGUUCAAGGGAUUAUGCUCGUCCGGCGAGGGCAUGAUUGAUGCUCAAGAUAAGAGCAUUGCAGACAGAAAAAGAUUAAUGGUAUGUAGUGCGUUACAGUCGUUGAUUGAAUUAUACAGAGAUAAACAACAGGAUGCAAUAGCUGAGAAGUUUGAGAAAUUGAGGAACAAUAUGUGAAGGAGUUGUAAAACGGCAAUGGUGGAAAUGAUGGGCUAUGGGAGCCGAACUAACCAGUCUUCUAGAGAAUAUUUAUUCAAGGCACUCUUGGGAUGUAUUAUAAUUUUGUAGGAGAGAUUGCUUUAAUAUGAUGUUUUUUAAUACGUAUUUUUGUUAUUUGUAAUUGUCUACUAUUUUGUGAAAUUCUCUCAACUUUCUAUGUAAUUUAUGAGAAAAUUACGAAUACCCAAGCAUAUAAAUCAUGAUUUUGAGCAUAAAA